GCCAAAGUUUUUGCCUGUGUUUUCGGUGAGUGACGGAUGACCGUCUGAUGUACAGCAUUAAUUCGGAGAUAAAGGGUUUAAGCGGAUCAAGUAAAAUUCUAGUAAAUUGUUUGGCUAAUGAUCUUUCGGAAAGUUUGUUCUGGGAUUCAAUUGUGUAAAUGCCGAAUCAAGUGUCCUUGUGUGUUGUGAAAAUAGAAAUUGACGCAACAAUGAACAUGGAGCAAUCCUUAGAACAUGGAGCCGUUUCAACAGAGCAUCCAACAAAUCCCCGAGCACAGCGAGAACGCGAACGUGAUCGAGGAUUGCGCAACACAUCACAAAUAACCAUUGAAAAUUACACAAAUAAACAGAUGGGCAUUGCGUCGGUUAGAGGUAUUCUGCCUACUAGUUCACGUGAAGCAACUCCCAUGGAUGAAUCUCAACCGUCUGCUGAGUUUCCGAAAGAAAUUAACUUUUUUUCAGGGAAUCCAUUCGUUGAAAUCACAAAAGGAAUCAUCCACCUAUAUAAGAAGAACGAACGGAAAGAAUUCAAAGAGGCGCCUUCGAGUAAACUGUGCCUCUUGGCUGUUCCUGCGACAUUGAGCUGUCAUGAUCUACUCAAGUUUGUGGCGCCUUGUCACUCUGAGAUUCAGCAUAUUCGAGUGAUUCGUGAUGGUAGUCCGAAUCAAUUUAUGGUUCUUUUGGAAUUCCGAUCGAAUGAAUCUGCCCUUGAGUUCUAUCAAACGUAUAAUGGUGCGGCAUAUAACUCGCUAGAACCGGAUUCUCUGUGCCAUGCAGUGUGGGUAUCUGAUGUUGAAUGGGGCGAAGAUGGCACUCCGCCUUUGGGUCAUACGGAAUUACCAACUUGCCCAGUUUGCCUAGAAAGAAUGGACGAGAGUGUGGACGGAGUUCUUACAAUUUUAUGUAAUCAUGUGUUCCACGCCAACUGUCUAAUAAAAUGGGGUGAUUCGACUUGCCCCGUUUGCAGACAUGUACAGACUCCAGAAUCGCUGGAAAACUCAGUUUGCAUGGAAUGUGAAGGUACGGAGGCUCUUUGGAUAUGCUUGAUAUGCGGUCAUGUAGGUUGUGGUCGGUAUCAAGGCGGUCAUGCAGCCUCACACUAUCGAGCGACCAACCAUACAUAUGCAAUGCAAUUGGGAACUUCGAGUGUUUGGGAUUAUGCAGGCGAUAAUUUUGUACACAGACUUUAUCAGAACAAAACGGAUGGGAAGCUUGUUGCGAUGCAAUCUCCCGGCGAGGAAGGCGAAGAAAAAAUAGAUUCUAUGCAGCUUGAAUUCACGUAUUUAUUAACAUCUCAGCUGGACACACAGAGGAAAUACUAUGAAGAACGUCUUUCACAACUUGAGAACGAUUUUCAAACUUUCCAGACUAGCACAGAGAGUUCUCUAAAAAAAGCGUUGUCUUUGGAAAGCAAAGUGAUUACUCUUACAAAAGAAAAAGUCAACCUGGAGAAGAAACUGGCCCAAAACAAUGCAAAGCUUAAAGAUCUCCAAAAGGAACUCACCGAGGAACGGGAGAUGAGCAAAGCAAUGCAAACGAAUCAAUCGUCGUGGCAAGCGAAAUACACAAUUCUCGAGAAAAAAUACAAAGCCUAUCAAGCGGAGAAAGAACGUGAAUUGGCUGAGGUUCAGGAGCAAUUAAGGGACGUGAUGUUUUACAUGCAAGCCCAGAGUGAAAUUGCAAAUUCAGAAAUGAAAGACGAAAUAGCCGGAGGUUCAGUUAUUGUACCAGAGCCGGAAACAUCGAACUCGAAACAAAAAAGUCGACGCAAGAAAAAAAAUGAGCGUUAAAAAUUGUUUGUUAGAUCUUUUAUCGUAGUUUUUCUCCAUUUUCUAUAUGCAAUUCGCUCGGAUUAAUGAUUGAUGUGAUAAAAAGUUAUUUCUUAUUCAUGCUAUGCGAGCAUUUGGUAGAUGCACUGUUUUUCAAUAUUAUACCCAUUCAAAUAAAAAUUAUUUAUAUUCAUGA